AUGUGGAACUUCAUGAAGGCCUGGAAGGGGCGAAAGAUACCGUGCCAAGGGGCCAAGAGUGACCAGCUGUGGCACGAAGUAGACCAGGAGCCCCAGGAGCCCCACGAGGUGGAGCUCUCGAGGCGCGUCUCCUACGCCGUGAGGCUGCUCAGAGAGUGCGGGGAAGCCAAGAACCUCUGCACAGCGGACUCGAAGAUGAAGACCUUCGACGGCGACUGGGAUCGUGGUCAGGUGUUUUUUCGCCGCGACGGGAGCGAGAGGCCGAUCAGGAUCCUGCAGCGCUCGCGCGCCACGGAUCUGAUGGAGAUCUGCGCCGAGCCGCUUGUCAAGUCGUUGCUGGGCCAGGAGCUCGCAGAGUUCAGACUCCCUGAGCGGCUCGGGGAGAUCAAUGACCCUCCCAGGCGGCAAGAGCUCUCCGACGAUAUGCGCGCAGAAUUUGAUGCCCGUGUUAUCUUUUUCCAAGAGUGGUGCGUGGCUGGUGGAGCCGAGCAGCUCUUCGAUGGCUAUGUCGUUCACGUGUCGCCUCCAGCGGGGGCCUGGCAAAGAUGCGCGAUCGCGGUCCACGAGUCUUUGGCCCCUUCCACCGUGAGCCCGCCGAGCUUCCACACUCGCACCAUGUCCCUGGACUUGCAGUUGCCUGUCUGGGGGCGCGUUCGUUUGAUUGCAAACCACCAGCUUUCGCGCAUUGUUCGUUGUGAGUGCGCUGAGACCAUCGCGCAGCUCAGGGAGUGUCUGAUUACGAUGCCUAUUGAUUGCCACGCCAUGGCCAGCGUUGACGCCCAGUAUGGCCUGGGGAUUGGGGACGGAGAGACGGUUGGCCAAUACUCGGCCACCAAGAUGACAUGGCGGGGCGGGAUGCUAUUCGAUUUGAUGACUGAAUUCGACUUGGUUGCCACCCGCACUUUCCCCCGAGGACAGUGGGGGCAAGCCGCGUGCUACUGCGACAACCGUAAGGGGCCAUGCCAGAUCGACUUCAUGCUGUGCCACCGCGACUGGCUCACCCCAGUGACGUGCCAGGCUAUCCCGACGAUCUCCGAGCCCGAGCAAGCCCUCGAGGACGCAAAUCUGAUGGGGCGGCCGCCGCGCAAGCCUGUCGCUUGGCAGCUAGAGGGCGCCUACCUAUUCAAUGCGACGGUCUGCUCGACGUUGCAGGUGCCGUACUUCCCGACCGCGAUGGACGGCCUCACCGAGGGCGACCUCGGGCAUCUUCACGGGCGGCUCGGCGCGGGGGCGACGACGUGGGAAGCGCCAGGUGGCAGGCUCAUCCAGGUGAUUACCGACUCGACGUGCGUCCAGGGACUCCUCGCUGAAGUCUUCCAACCACGUGAGAAUGCACACUUGGCGAUUCUGGCCGUGCACCUGUGGGAGAGGGCUGCCUUGAACUUCGACUUGCACAUGCGCUGGGUCAAGGGACACAGCGGCAACAUAGGCAAUGAGAAGGCGGACUUCUGGGCGAAACGGGGGGCGGACAGGCGUUUCAACACUGCUCAUUGGAGACGGCCAUGCCCUGCUCACGACUGGGGAGCGGAAGAGUAUCGACAACGAGUGAGCGAACGCAAGCUCGCCGCGACCAGAGCCCGCAAAAGACGUUGCUCGGAUAUUUCCAGGGAGGAUGGCGGCGACACCUUCGCGCAGCUCUUCUACCCGCAGCCACGGCUUGCCGCCGCGUGCUCCAGACAGGGCACCCCGUCCAUCUCCGCGCUGGCGACGGCGAUCUCCGCUGGCGCGGCUGUGGCGGGCCGCGCCUCUCGAGGUGGGCGCCGGGGGCAUCCGCGGGGCGACCCCGAGCUUCUCCGCUUGAAGCGCCUGGAGCAGCUGCGCGCGCAGGAGACGGACUUGCGCGUGCGGCACCUGCUGGGGCCCGCAGUGGCCACGGCCAAGCGCGCCCUGAGGGGCCGCUGCAACGCUGUCCACCUGGGGCGCUCGUGCGCGAGAGGGCGGGCCGACAGACCCCGCCGCUCGGGCAAGCCCGUCUACGAGCUGAAGGCGGACGACGGCCAGUGCGCCAGCGCCGUGCAGGCCCGCUGCGAGCUGACCCGCGCCUUCUACGCCGACUUGUUUGCCGACCCGACCAGCGACCAGGCUCUGCCCGCCUGGGUGCGUAGCCAGUGGGCCGCCGAGCACCGACAGGCGGAGGUCCCUCUCCCACUUCCUGUUCUCAAAACAGUCAUCGGGCAACUGAAGAGUCGCAAAUCGUGCGCCGAGUCUGACAUGAUCGUGGCUGAGAUGGUCCAGGGGCUCCAGGACGAUGCUCUCGAAAAGAUCCUCGCGGCGUUUCGCCUGAGACUCUGCAAUCAUGUGAGUGAGUAUUUCGACCAGGCCUGGACGGGGCACGUCGUUCAGCUGAUCCGCGAGAAACCUGAGGCCCAGAAGGUGGCCGAGAUCAGACCCAUUGCCCUGGUUUCGGUGCUGCUGAAAAUCCUGUCGAUGAUGGUCCUGGAGCAGUUUCUGGAUUAG